CCAUUGUUUACAUUUAGGAGGCAGUGGCAGUAGGCAUGCUGAUAAACAUUAAACAUGAGCCACUUAAAGUCAAAGUAAAUUUAUAAACUUAUUUGCCUAUGAAAAUCUAUGACAGUUUAAUUUAGGUUACUGAUAUUUAAAUAAUUCUUGGGAGCUGUUGUCUUAAAAUUGUAAAAGUUCUGAAGUCUAUUGAUCUAUUCAUAUCACAAUGCAACACACUAAAUCACUAAACUUACACUUAACAGAACACUGUGACAGUUUCAUUAAAUUUUUUUUUGGUCAAGUCAAAGUCUAGCCUAGUGGCUAGCGUUAUUUUAAUGAAAGAGAGUGAGAGAAGAAUUUCUAGCCUGUUGAUUCAAACGAAUGAUAUUGGGUAUAAUUCUUCUAUUGGGACUAUUUAUUGUCUUGUGACUUCUUGUCAGUGCACAAUAAUUAAAUUGGCACUCCAUGGAAAGGCGGUCCCAAAUUAAAAACAGAAAAAGAAUACUAUUCGUUAGAAAAUGUCAGGCUAAUAGCUGCCGAUAAUUGGUGACAUAUAUUUAUUAUGCCUAAUGUUCUAUUUAAAUUUAUUCUUUUUUUUUUAAUGAAAUGAAGAUCACACCCUUCAUUAGCCUCUUCGUCUUCAUCAUCAUCAUCUUCUGAAAGAACUAUUUAUUGUUUUUUUAAAGAAGAAGAAAAAUAAAGAAAAAUGCAAGAGAGAUUUAAAAAAAAGUUAUCUCUGUUUAAUUGCUUUUUUGUAUUAUUAGGUAAUAAUAGGUAAUUCUGUAUGGCCUGGAAAUUCCAGAAAAACGGGUAUCAUAAUUUCGUUAUCAAAAUCGUGAACUCCACUUUUGAAUUUACCGAGGGUAUUGUUGUUUCAACUUUUAUAGUAGAUUUUUAGCAUAAUAAUAAAUUAUACAACCACCAAUUACUUGAAGAAUUUUAAGAAUUUUUUUGAUUUUUUUUUUUUGAGGUUAGAGUUUUGUAAAUUGAAGAUGAAAAUGUAUAAAAUUAAUUGAUCAUAAUUUUUUUUCUCAAAAGCGCUCAUUGAUUAAAUUAAUAUCUGUUUUAGUUUAUAGGGUCAUAAUGUAAAUAUUAUAUUUUUGUCUCAUUUUAUAAUAAAUUUAUAGGCGUUAAAAAAAAUUAAAAAAAUGAGGGUCACAAAAUGUUGGUUUUGAGGUCCCUACUAAAAAAUUCAUAACUUUUGAACCACUUGAGCUAGAAAGUUGAUCUUGGUGUUUUUGUAAUCUAUUCUCCAGGCUCUAUACAGCUGUAGUAUUUUUAAAAAUGUUUUGAAAUUUUCAUGAAAGUACCUAGUAUUAGGUGGUUUUCAGCAAGCCACUUCAACCAAACCAUAUAGUGCCUACGGUGUGUCAUAAGUUUGUUGAAUGUUUCCUGACAAAACAUUAGAAAUAUGGCAUUGUUUAUUUUAUAUUAUUACAAGCAAAAAUUAGUCUGCGAACAAAUUUGAAGUAAAAAAUUAUGCCGCCAAUUAUCAACGGCUAUUAGGCUGGUAGCUGGACACUUUCUAACGAAAAGUAGUAAAUUUUAAUUUGGGACUGCCGUUCUGAGGAGUGCCAUUAAAUUAACCUAAUGUCUAGUGGAAUUACAAAUCAUUCAAUUACCUAAUUUUUGUUCUGGGGGGUGUGUGCCGCCAUCGCAUGAUCUUGAAUUUACCUCAAAACAACAAAUUUUUCAGUAAAUAAUUAUUAAUUAUCAGAAUGUGCAUGCAUUUUAAUAAUCUUAUUUAAUUAUCAUACAAGACACAUUACACAGGAAGGCGCUAUAAGUUUAUGAGGUAGGCCUAAUGAAUGGUAAUAAAAGAGGCAGAUGAUGGGUAGGGCAAUAUGCACCGUAAUCAAAUUGCACAGUGGGUAUGCACUAAGCAUAACUCACUAUGCAAUGCUUCCUCCCUCAAACAUACAUCGCCCCAAUAACAAAUAGAGCCCUGGGAAGCAGCAAUUAUUCAUUGGCCUCAACUCACCACACCCUGUCACUUUAAAAAGAUAUGACUUGUCAUUUACUCCACUAAAAUAUGAAAUUUAAUUAAUAAAAAAAUAAUUGACUUAGGACACAUUUGUAAUAAUAAUCAUUGCUUUUGAUUUUAAUCUGUUUCCAUUUUAUAGUUUUUCAGUUGUUGAAAAGUACUCAGCAUUUUACACAGGAGGACAACUACAGGUAAUUUACUUUUAAAAUUUUAUUUUGGGCUGCACCAUUUAGAUCAGGGGUGGCCACCCAGCCCUAAUGGCUUGUGGGCCAUUUUGAUUAAAUUUCAACUCUUUGCAGCCUUCAUGUAAUUAGGCUAAGGCCUACACCUAAUGAUAGUAUAAAAUAAUAAACACCAAAAACUACUAUAGUACCAGUAUUUAUGAUUAUUUAUUUAUUCUCAAAUGAUAAUACAUCCGGUAAAGUGGGGCAUUAAGCAUGGGGGUAUUAAGCACCACAAAGCACACAUGAUGGUGAUAUAAAAAUUCAUUAUUCAAUGUACCAGUAGAAAAUUUAUAAAAAUCUCCUAAGACCAGCUCAUAAGUUGACCACCCCACUUAUUCUCCUGACAUAUAUUUUGUUUAAAAGUGCGCCUUAGAGCGAGUAUGUGCUGAAAGUAAAAUAACCAGACAUAUUGUGUUUUGGUUUUUUGUGUGUGUGGUGCCUUCAUCUAGCUAUAAAAAUAUUUCAUCAUCAUCGUCAUGUCCCUUAGUCCUUGGACCAUUGGGGCGCCACAGAUGACAUGUGAACUAUCCUCCUCCAUUUGUCUCUGUCUUCAGCACUACGCACAGCAUCGCCCAGUGUUAGUCCUGUCCACUCUUUGAUGUUAUCCUCCCAUCUUUUUCUUUGUCUUCCUCUUCUUCUCCCACCUCUUGUGGUACCCUGCAAUAUUUCUUUGGCAAGCCCUUGUUUCCUUUUUACGUGGCUGUACCAUUGUAGUUUGCGUUUUUUCACAGUCACCAGUAGGUCAUCGUACUCCCUUUCUUUCACUGUAUCAUUGGAGAUAUGGUCCCUAUAGCAGAUGCCAAAAAUGCUUCUGAAGCAUCUCAUCUCCAUCACCUUUAUUUUCCUUUCAAGAUCGGCUGUUAAUGUCCAGGAUUUGCAGGCAUACAGGAAAAUAAAAAUAUUUACUUACUUUGAAAAUUAGAAUUUAAAAAAAUACAAAUAAAUGAAAAAAUACACAUAUUCAAAGUACAAUAAAGCUUUACAGAAUAAAUAACUUGCUGCCAUACAACAAAUGUGAUUAUUUAUUAAUUGGCUUAUUUGCCUAUCUGUUGGAGCCUAGCAAAAGUUGUAUUUACUAACAGAUAAUAGUGAGAUUGAUGUUCAUCCUUUUGCCUAUCUGUUGGACCCUAGCAAUAGUUGUAUUUACUAACAGAUAAUAGGGUAAAAUAAUAGGAUGUAAAACACACAGUUUGACCAGCUCAUGGUCUUAAGAAUUAAAUAAACAUAGCCCUAAACAAAUUGUAUACAGUUUCUUAGUCUCUCUAGAAACUUGUUAGAUGGCGAGGCACGGGGUAGCCAUUUUUUUUUUACCUUACCCCAUCGGUCGAUGUAAUGCUUGUGAGGGUGAACUGAUUCCCUCCCUUUAUUAUCUUUACAGCUGAGCAGUGAUGGUGGCAAAUUGUUCUGUGGAUGCAAGAAAGACAUUAAAAUUGUUGAUUUAAAAACAGGAAGAGUUGUUUCAUCCAUUGGUCUGGUAAAUCAGGGUUAUAUAAAAUAUAUGAUUUUAAUAAUGAACUUCUCUACUCAUCUUUAAAAAUUAAGCUAUAAAAUAUGCAAUAUAUUUUUAUGAAAGUAUGUUUGUUUUAGAGUUAUCUUGAAUGAUACAAAUGGAAACCAGAAACACCAGAUAAAUAAACACUGAAGCCAGAAGGAAAGCCACAAAAAUGUGCAGGAAGGGAAAAAGGGAAUGGGGGAAAAGCUGAACUAAAUGAAAUGGAAGACUUAUCAAGAGAGGGAAAUAUUAGAGGAAUGUAAAUGAAGAUAAAAUACAAAAAGAAUGGAUACGAAGCCAGAUCUAAUAUGUGUGAGAGCAAUGAUGGAGAAUUAAUUAUGGAAAAUAGUAAAGUAUUGGAGAGGUGGGCUGACUAUUUUGCGGGCAUACAAAAUUCAGACAAUAUACAAUAUGAAGAUUAUCAACCACCACAUGGAGGGCCACAAUUUUGGAAGAAACUACAGAAGUAAUCAAUUCUAUGAAAAACUACAAAGCCCCUGGAAAAGACCUUCUUCUUCUUUAUUUUGAGGGCCCACGAUCAAUGAAUUGAUCAUUCUGGCUCCUAUGUUUCAGACCUCAUCACAGCAGAACUUAUUAAAUACAUAGGAAGAGAACUACACACUCAGACACAUAAACUUAUAGCUAAAAUUUGACAAGAAGAGAAAAUUCCAACGGAAUGGGAAACAGCACUAAUAACCCUUAUACACAAGAAAGGUUCCAAACUCCAAUGCACAAAGUACAGAGGAAUCUACCUAUUAAAUGUUACAUACAAAAUACUGACAAAACUAAUUGCCCAAAGACUACAACCAUAUACUGAAGAAAUACAAGGUGACUACCAAUGUGGAUUCAGACAACACAGAUCAAUGACUGAUCAAAUUUUCAAUAUCAUAUGCUCAUUAGAGAAAUGUAACAAAUAUCCCAGUAAAUCAACUCUGUGGACUAUAAAUGGGAUUAUGACAUUAUAAAAAGAAAAUAUCUAUUUGAGACUCUGCAGGAGGUUGGCAUACCCAAUAGACAAGACUGAUACUGAUACAUGUAACAUUAAACAAAUCAAAUAGCAAAAUAAAGGUUCAUGGAGAAUAUUCAAGGGAAUUUCAGAUUAGAUGAGGCCUAAGACAAGAAGACUUAUUGUCUGGUAAACUAUUUAACCUAACAUUACAGAGAGCCAUAAGAAACAUACAUGUUGACACAAGAGGAACAAUAACAGGAUACUUUCUGAUGGAAAUCCAAACUCACAACCAAUAGGCACUCACUUCAACCAACCUCUUCAGUAUGUUUCAUAUGCUGAUGACAUAUCACUGUUAUGGAAAAGUAGUAAAGCCAUAUCAAAAGCUUUUAUUUUGAAAAUAAAAGACACAUCAAUGCAGCAGGGCUAGAAGUUAACAACCAAAAAUAUAAAUACUUGACUAUGUUAAAAGAACAUACUGAUAAAAACCAUUAAAAUUAGAAGCCAAACUAAUGAAAAAGUAAAUCAAGUCAAAUACCUAGGAUCCCCAUUAAAUGAAAAAAAUGAAUUACUUAUAGAAAUAAAAGAAAGAAUAUCAUCCGGAAACAGGGCAUACUUCAGUAGUCACAAAGUAUUCAAAAGUAAAAACAUUACAAGAAAAACAAAGAAAUCUAUGUAUAUAAAACUGUAAUCAGACCAGUUGUAACAUACUCUAGUGAAAUUUGAACCCUAACAAAAGCGGCUGAAGACCUAUUAAACACAUUGGAAGAAAAAGUUCUCCGGAAUGUAUGUGGACCAACAUAGGAGAAUAUGGUUGGAGUAAAAUAACAAACUGGGAAUUGUAUAGUCUAUAUCAGGAUCCCACACUAGUAGCAGAAAUAAAAAAAAAAAGGACAGGCUACGCUAGGUGGGACAUUUAGAAAGAAUGCCGGAUGGCAGAGAAGUGAAGAGGGUACACCACCAAAACUCCAGAUGGAAACAUCUCAAAGACAGACCUAGGCUUAGAUGAAUGGAUGAUGUGGAAAAAUAUCUACAGCAGCCGGGAAUCCAAGCAUGGAAAAGAAAAGCAUCAGUUAGGUCUGAGUGGAAGGAAGUGGUGAGGCAGGCCAAAUCCCUACAUGGGCUGUAGCACCACAGGAUUGGAAUGAAUGUCAAACAAGUGAUUACAAUAACAAUGAACAAUAAGUGUAUUUUUGUAUUUUACCUAAUGGCAUUCACUUGUGUUAUGUUUGCAGGAUGAAGAAGAAGAAAUAACUCAAUUUAUUCUCACAAGAGAUGAUGAAGUAAGUUUAUUAUAUAAAUGUAUCUGUUAUCAUAAACCACAUAAAUUUAAUAUUGUAAACAGAUUUUUUAAAAUAUUUUCCUUAAAAUAAUUUGAUUAAAUAUUUAAAUGUUAAUAUACAUUUGGUUUUCUUUAAUGAUUUUAUCUUUUUAAUAUUUUCACAGUACUUAAUCCUUGCAACCCAAAAUAAACUGUUCAGACAAUGGAGAUGGAAAGAAAAAUCUCUAGUCAAGACAUGGAGGGUACGUUUCAGGUGUUCCAUUUUUGCCAAUAAUUCCAAAGAUCUGUAAAAAAAAAUAAUACUUUUAUAAAGGGGAAUAAACAUUAUUCUCAAGAAACAUCCUAAUGCUGCAUCCUUUGCAUCAGAAUCUUUUACAAUUUUUGAAACAUGGUUCUUUGGCUCUGUUGAAAUUUGAAUUUGUUUUUAAAGUCUUAAUAAACUCUAUUAGUUUGAUUUCCUAAAUGAAUCUAUUAAUCAGAGGUCCCUUUUUUUAUUUGAUUCCAACAGUCUGUUCACAAUGCUCCUGUGACAUCACUAGCCUUAGAUUCUACAGUGACUCUCCUGGCUUCUGGGAGUGCGGAUUUUACCAUUAAAAUUUGGGACAUUGUUAGGGGAUACUUCACACACAACUUUAAAGGUCACAGUGGUGUAAUCAGGCAAGUGAAUCUUUCCUAUCUUACGAAACUCUAUCAAGAACUCAUAGUAAUUAGUACCGGUACUUCAGAGUCUUUAGCUACCAGAAUUAAAACUGAUGCAGCAGUUUUGAGUAAUGCAGAUUCUGCCUAUUAAAGCCCAGGGUUGUGUGUGGGCUCAGUCUGUUGGAAAUGUAUCAUGAGAAUAAAAUUAAAUGACCCCAGUAUAUGGAUGCAGCAACGAACACUACUACCAGGACCCCAGAAACAACUUUGUAUAAACUGCUAAAGAGCUUGUUAAACAUCAUGGAUAUUUUGGAUAUAUAAAGAAUGACAAGUGGCCAAAAGUAAUAGAAUUUGCGUGAAAGGAACACACAUUUUCUGAGAGAUAAUGAGGCCAUGAAUGAUAAAAUAAUGAACUUUCCCUAGUUUGUUGAGAAACAUAGGAAAUUUCCUAAGUUUUUACCUUUUCAAUUAAGUCUCAUCUGCAAUACUAAACAACUGUGUGACUUUGGAGGGUUUAUAACCAAACACCUGAGACUUGAAUGAGUAGCCUGACUCCACAAUUGUAUUUUUACAAAUACUUUGGUAAAUGCUUUAGUUCAUAUUCUUCGAGCCAUUCAUUCUUGUAAAGUAAGCUCACUGGUUUUAUUUGCUUAAUUUUAAUUGUUUGAUUUUUUUUUUUUAAUUAACAGGUUGGUGACCUUUCACCCACAUUCUGAAAGACUACAGCUGAUCUCAGCUGCAGAAGAUUACAUGAUCAGAGUGUGGGAUCUCAAAACAAGCUCCUGCAUUGUUACCAGCUCAUGUCAUGCUAGUCUGGUUACAUCUGUUGCUUUUGCUGAUAACGGAGACACUAUGUAUAGGUAAGUAGUGGCUCUUUUAAAAUCUUAUUUUUAAUAGUAAAAAAAACAAAACAAUUACAAGCUCUAUCGAGAUUGGCUAUAUAAAUGGUCAUGGCAAAUAUUUUUUUAAAAUCACAAACUUACAAUGCUGUUACACAAUUUAUGCAAUUUUCUAAUUUUUUUUUCUUUCUUGUAUUAAUUGAUUUUUACAUCCAACAAAUAAAUAGGGUUUUAGACUCCAUCUGAAAUGAAUAUGUAUUAUUUCAGUGCAGGAAAAGACAAUAUUGUUUGUGUAUGGAAAACUGAUAAAUGGAAAGUAUAUAAAACUAUACCUGUUUUUGAAGUAAGUUUAAUUGUUUAAAUUUUGUCUAUAAUAUUUAAUUCUGUAUGUAGAAACUAAAAUGUCAACUGUAAACAAAUAUUUGAUACCUUAUUUAAAAUUUUUUUUAUUUUUUUUAAUCACUUUUGCUUACUGUGACAGUACAUUUAUAAAUAGAGUAGAAUUAAAAAUUAAAAUCAGGUGCAUGUCAUUUUCCAGUGUUUGUACAUUAAAGAAAGAAACAGUAUGAGUAUCACUGACAUGUGCCCUCUCCAUGUUAUGCCCUAUCACUAAUCUUCUGUUGUAUUUCUGAUUUCAGUCAAUUGUAUCUGUUUUUGUUCCCCUCGAGUUCCCUAGUUUGAUUGAUGAGGAUGGCACUCCUAGGUUCAUAACAGUCAGCUCUAAGGGUAGAUCUUUUUAAAACUAAUCUUUCUAAAAAAGGCAUUACUCUUGAUAGAAGUGAUUUGCUUUGCUUUUUGCAUAGUUUAAACAAGUUCUUUUUAUUACCAAUACAACCUUUUUUGCUUGAUACUCCAGCUAAAAUCAAAUUGCAAUUCUUUGAGUUGAAAAGUUUUUUGUUGGUAGCUAGCUUAAAAAGAUAUCUUUACAAUAUGCCUGCCUGGGUUGAUCAUAUCAUAUUAUUGAAAUCUGAUUCACUGCGUUGUAAAAAAUGAUAUUUAUUAUUGCAGGUGAAGUUAGGGUAAUCAACGUGGAGACUGGUAAACGUGAGUACUCCAACAGCUGUCGGUUGAGUGACCCAGAGGUGGACAGUAAGAGCACAGAUUCAUACAUCACACAAGCACUUUACUCUACUGACCUAAACGGCAUUGUAUUGGCUACCUAUGAUGAAAAUAUAGUCCAGCUGAGUAAAGAUUUUACCAGUGAGAAACAGGUAUGAGUGAAAUUUAAGUUAUAAAAUAUUGACAUUGAUAUGAAGCAGUGGUUAUGUAUAUUUGCCAUCCUAUAUUUAUGGAGACUGUCAAGGGUUUAUAGUUCUUUUCUCUUUUAUUAUGUUUAGAAGCAUACAAUUUAGAUAGCACCUUUGAGAUUUUGUUUAAGGGCUUAAGAAUUAAUGGACAUGUGAACAUUAAAUAGGAAUAAAGGGAAGAACUUUCUAUAAUGUGAAUACCAAGACAAAUGAAAUUGCAUUAUGUUUUAUUAAGCAAAACUUUGUGUUAUUUUUAUCAUUUCAACUAGCUCUGUGGUCAUUUAGAUGAAAUCCUGUCACUGCAUUUUCUGGGUGAGGACACCCAUGUGGCUGUUGCAACCAACACUGAUCUUCUGAAAGUCUUCAACAGGGACUCAUGGGAGUGUCAAAUGUUACAAGGUCACUCGGAUAUCAUUACAAGUCUUGAUGUCAAGGGCAAUUAUAUUGUUUCUGGAUCCAAGGUUAAUUUGUAAAUUUUAUCAGAUUUAAUUAUUUUUGUAUACGAAUUCUAAUAGUAUAGACACAGACCUGUUUACUCUUACGAUUUUGGCGUACAAUGUACGAUUUUUAAUGUCUUUUACGAUUGUACGCCGAGACCCGCCAAAACUACGAUUUUCAGAGACCCGGUAAAAAAAUUAUUGGGGUAAUUUUUUCCGAUUAAAAAAUUAUUAUUUUUUCUUUUUUUGUGGAAGUUUUAGCCCUUUUUAAUAAAGAUCAGGCAGUGAAUGAUUGUAUUAGCCGAUACACGUCUGCUAAACAAAGUGACCGCAGUUUGCCGUUAACGUCAGUCAUCUACUGUUUACCUACAGUUCCAUAUUUUGACGCCAGCUCAGCUCGAUUCCACUGAACACGCUAUAGGAGUAGUUAUUGUAUACAUUAUAUAUACUGUAUUUUUAUUUAUUUAAUAUCAAAAUACUGCAUUGUACGAUUUUGAGACCAUAUUGUACGAUUUUAGGAGUUUGGGGGUAAACAGGUCUGGCAUGGUGAAAAAAAGGGGGGGGGGUGUUGGUGGGAAUGUCAAAGGCUAUAAAAAUAGCACCGCAAUGUAUCGUAUUGAGGGUGAUGAUUCUCAUAGUGUUGCUUUGUGUCUCAGUGAACUAGCUAGCUGUGUCAACAGUAAUAAUUAGACUAGUCGCCUAGCGACAGCUUCACUCACCAUGCUACUAAGCGUUUGAUGUAGUUUUGUUACAUAAUCGUCUAAACCGCGGCGAUUGUAAAAACGGAGGAAACUAGAGAGCAACGCCGACCUUAAGGUGUUCGACCUGUGCCCUGGCACAGGGCGCCGUGACCCAAGAGGGACGCCUAGGGCACCCAGAAAUUAUUGAAAUUCACUUAGCUCAUUAUAGUGAAGUUUGAACCUUGGUUCCGGGGUCGAGAAACGGUCUAUGUAUAGCAUCAUAACACGUGCUCCAUAGCCUACGACCUAAUCGGAAAAAGAUCGGAGCCAUACGGGGAAGGGGGGCAUCGAACGGGUGCUUCGCACAGGGCGAACGUUGGACAUAUUUUAUAAGAUCUAGUGGUAUUUAAUAAAUAUUUUUAGAACUCAAAGCAGCUCUAUCCCCUAAGUGAUUUUAAUGCAACAGUCAGUUUGGUAUCACUACUCCUACCCGCCCCUGUGAAUACAGCUUGCGGUAGUUAUUAGGCAGGCUAUGUUAACUUGAAAAAUCAAGCGCCUGUUGGAUAUGGGAUAGUACAAUGUUUUUUUUUUACCCAUUAAUGAGGGUGGGGAACGGUUGUUUCUACCGAGCGAAAUAACUACGUCACCAGCACAGAAGGACGUCUUGGUGGACUACAGUGUGUUGUUAUUUUGCGUACUGAGCACUGUGUAUGUUAUAUAUUAUAUAUGGAUGUCCCAUUGUCCAAACAGCCCUGGCGUCUAAUCUGGCUGCAUUGACGGACGUGAAAAUUGCGUGGUUUUAAUGUUUCUAUUAAUGGAAUUGGCGCUCCUUUUUGUUUCCGGUACAGUACCGUAGUUUAGUGUACUAGUUAGUAGGCCUAUAUUACGACAUGUCCUCGACAAAAAGAAAGUUACACGAAACCGAUGAUGAAGAAGAAACUUCUACCGAUGCACAUCAGAUUCAACCAAAGAAAAAGAAAGUUUAUCAGCAAAUAUUCUUGCGUGAAUAUCAGACAAAAUUUACUGAGUUGCGUUCUUCAUCGAAGGGUCCAUCAUACGCGCACUGCACAAUCUGCAAGUCGGACUUUUCAGUAGCACAUGGCGGCCAAAACGAUUGCAAAAAACAUUAUGAAACCAAAGCCCAUAAGUCCUCUAAAGAAGCACUGAGUCAAAGUACAACCUUGACAUCUUUUUGUCAAAGAUUAAAUUCAAAAUCUCAUUUCCAAGAUCAAGUAACUCGCGCAGAAGCUCUGAUGUGUAGCUUAAUUCCAGAACUCAAUCUUUCGCUUUCUGCGGCUGAUACUCUUUCUAAGGCAUUUGUUAAAAUGUUCCCAGAUUCCAAAAUUGCAGCAAGUAAGUCGGCCUUUUUCUUUAACUAUUAAUGUAAUUAUUAUUAUUUAAACUAUUUAUGGACCAUGUGAGCCAGCUUGAAUCUUAUUAUGAAUGAAUAGAUGGUCUUUUAUUUAACAGCUUUUCACACUAUAGCUUAGUGCCAUAUAUAUAUAUAUAUAUAUAAAGUUAUAGUGUUUAAAAUAAAAAAAAUAUAUGUAGGCUAAUAUAAAAAGUAAACACAUUUUUUAUUUGUUUAAAAUUAAGCCGAUACUUUACAAAAGUCUACCUAAUAAUGGUUUAUAAAAUGAAAAAGAGAAAAUUUAUUAGUACAGUUUUAAAGAUGAUUUGUGCCAUUGGGAUAAUUAUUUUAUUGUACCAGAUAUUGUCAUCAAUAUAUUUAUUAUUUUCAUUUAUUAAUUUCAGAUAUAAAAUGUGGGAGAAAUAAAGCAACAGCUAUGAUUUUAGAAAUGUCUGCAAUGACUAUGAAUAAAUUAGCCAUUAGAAUGCAGAGAUUGCCAUUCAGUAUUGCCACUGAUGGUAGUAACGACUCAGACAAAAAGCAGUUCCCUCUAGUUGUCACCAUUGAGGGAGAGGAUGGCCUUGUAAAUUCUCAUCUCCUAGCUUUGCCGGUGUGCAAAGAGUCCUCGGCCACAGGACAGAAUAUAUUUAAGACCAUGGCGGAUGAAUUGCAUUCACAGGGCAUUUCAUGGGUAAACUGCAUUGCAUUUGGCUGUGACAAUGCCAAUGUGAUGACUGGCCAAUACAAUGGAGUAUACAGUUUCAUUAAAAGAGAGCAAGACAGCAUUUAUCUGGCAAGAUGCUGCCUCCAUCUGGUGCAUCUUGCAGCUAAAAAGGGGGCAUCCUGUCUACCCCCAGUUGAGGAGGUGCUGGUUGACAUUUUUUACUUCUUCAAGAAAAGUGUGAAGAGACAAAGUGAAUUGAAGAAUCUGCAAGUCCUGUAUGAUGCAGAACAGAUGAAAAUUAUUAAACAUGUCUGCACCAGAUGGCUUAGUAUUGCACGAUGCUUGAAAAGAUUGAUUGAAAAUUGGGACCCCUUGAUGCACUUCUUUCAUGAAGAAAAAUAUAAAAAUUCCAAACCAAAUAAGAAACCAAAUGAUGUUCAGACGACUGCUGAGUUGGAAGGACAUUGCACAACUUACUCUGUGAAGAAAGUUGAUGCCAUUUAUGAAUUUUUGCGGUCACCAACAAAUAGACUUUUCUGCCAUUUCUUGUCUUACACACUGAAAGUGUAUGAUCAGGUGAGAUGAAUUCUUGCAUUUCAUGAGUCUUGAAGGGUGCAUAAUUUUGCUCUCAUUUCAUUAGAUCCGCAAUAUUUUCUUACAAUUCAUUUUCUUUAGUGCAAAGUUUUCUUUAAUGGACCAUAGUAAUUUUGUAUAAUUUACUAUACCGUUGUACUUAAUACCGGUAGUACUAAUUGUUCAUUUUUAUGACACAUGGUUAUUUUUAUAGGUACUUGUCCAACUACAGGCAGAAAAACCAAUGAUCCAUACGCUAAAGGAGAACCUCUACAGCCUGAUUGGUGACUUGUACAGCAGAUUUCUCUUGCCCACAGCAGUUAAUGGUAUUGACAUUGACAAGGUGAGCUUUGAUUAUGUAAAUGUAUGCAUUUAUGUUGUAGUUUGACAAAUUGAAUACAUUUCAUUUGUUAUAAAUUAUCAUUUACAUGGUUUAUCAUGAUACCUACAGUACUAUUUUAUUAUCUUUUUUUUUUUUCUCUUUCAGGUCCAAUACAAGCUAAGAAGCAGUCAGAAAGAUGAUGCUGACCUGCUUAUUGGAUCCCAGGCAAAGACCAUGCUGGAAAACAAAGAAAAGUACAGCCUCAGAGACAAGAGGAUUGUAGAGUUUUAUGCUUCUGUUCGCAAAUAUUUUGAGAUGGUGCUUGACUACUUACUAAAAAAACUUCCCCUAGCAGAUCCUGUACUUCAGAAUGCCUCUGUAGUGGAUCCAAAAAGGAGAUUGGAGGUUAAACAACAUCAGUUGGAAUACUUCCUUACCAGAUUCCCUGUUCUGAUCCCCAGCGGGACUGAUGUUGACACCAUCUAUGAAGAGUUUGCUAGGUAUCAGCAGAUGAACAUUGAUGAUUGUGAUGAGGAUGGGGUAAGAGUUGACAGGAUUUGGCAAACAAUUAGCCAAAAGCACCCAUCCCUUAAGAAUCUUGCCCAUGUAGUGAAAGGGAUCCUCACCAUACCUCACUCCAGUGCUGCCUGUGAGAGAAUAUUCUCUAUGGUGCGAAAAACAUGCACAGACCAAAGAACAACAUUAGCACAAGAAACAACAGAGGCUUUGUUAGUCCUUAAGGGAAAAUCGGGAAGCUGCUUGGACGUGGAUGAAAAAUUCAGCGCAAAAGAACUCCAGCAGCUUAAAAGCUCAUACUACAACUCACUGAAGAAAUAUGAAUAAAAAAUUGUGUAAAUAUCUAAAAAUUCUAUCAGUAUCAGUAUACAUAAAACUGUAUGAUUUACAUAAAAUUUUGAUUGACUUUGUUCACAUUUGUUUCUUUUUAUUGAUAAAUAGCAAGCUUCAUCGAUAACAAAAGCUAUUUAAAUUAUUUAUAAAGUGUAUACUCAGUUAAAGUAUGUACUUUUUUUUACUGCUACCAUGUUACUAUUUUGUUCAGUAUUGUACUAUUCUGAGACAGUAUUGUACUAUUUUAAGACGGAAUUGUACUAUUUUGAGAUGGAAUUGUACUAUUUUUGGAGUUGCUGGGUAAACAGGUCUGUAGACAUGAGAAAAGUUAAUGAAGUUUCAUAUUAUUAUCAGAUGUAUCUUUUAAAUCUUUUUUUAAAGGUAUUUCCAUGUUAUCGAUGGUUUCAUUGUUUUUGUCUUUGUGUACUUAUCCCAGGACUCCAGCAUUCGUAUCUGGCAGUUGUCACCUGAUACAGGAUUUGUAACUUGUGUAGCAGUGGGUCAAGGCCAUACACAAGCUGUCCAGUGUGUUGCAUUGGCCAGGUGAGUUUGAAUUUUAAUCCACUAGGAUUUAUUUUUAUUUUUUAUCAAGUAAAAUUAACCAUCUGUGAGAUUCAGAACUUAAUGAUUUGACUCAUUUCAAUGAGCAGAAUGUUUUUAGCAUGGCUGUUUAUUAACCAAAUUUAGCCACUUUGACAAAGAAUUAACACAUUUUUUUUCUCUGAAUGUUCCCACCAAAGCUUAAUUUUUAUUGUCAUGUAUAAAGGUUGCAUGUAAUUUUUUUAAAGUAUGGCUGGCGCAUGUUGACACUGAAUCAUAUGAUGUUGACAGUGAAUCACAUCAUGUUGGCAGUGAAUCAUAUCAUGUUGACAGUGAAUCAUAGCAUGUUGACAGUGAAUCAUAGCAUGUUGACAGUGAAUUAAAGCAUGUUGACCAUGAAUCAUAUGUUGACAGUGAAUCAUAUGUUGACAGUGAAUCAUAUUAUAUUGACAGGGAAUCAUAUCAUCCAAUUUUAUGUCUAAAAUGUUUUCUUUCUCCCUUCACUUACAAAAAUGUUAGAACAGUAAAGUAGCUUUUCUGUGCCACUUUUUAAAAAAAUACCUUAAAUUUAAACUAUCAAUGAAAUUUACAUUGUUCACAUUUUAUUGUAAGAAAUGUUUUCUCUUGAACAUCCUGCGAUGAUAGGUCAUCUGCACAGCCAGCUUUUAUCCUGUCUGGAGGUAUUGACAUGACACUGAAAGUCUGGAGAUUCCCUGGUGAUUCAGACGUCAUACCAAUGACAACACUUCGCGUGGCAGCAACAGAGCAUGCCCAUGACAAGGACAUCAACUGCCUGGCUGUAGCUCCCAAUGACAAAGUCAUAGCAACAGGAUCUCAAGAUAAAACAGCUAAGGUAGCUUUGAUCAUUUAAUUGUUAAACUUGUCACAAAAACUGGAAUGUGCAAGUUGAUUUUUUAUUGAAAAUUAUUUCAACUCUUUCUUUAAAUUUUGCAUUUAUAUCAGAGCAUUAACAACAAAAGAUCUGAAGGAUUUAAAUUCGAGAUUAAGCAGUGAUUAUUAUUAAUAGCAUAGCUCUGUUAUUCGUAAAGAGUAAAUUUUGCAAUUUAGGUGUUUAGUUUUAAGACAUCUCUGAUAUGAUUUUUAAAAUUUAAACUUGCUUGAAAUAGAUAAAAAAAAUAGCAGAAUACUUUGGUAGCAUUAACUCUUUCCGUGCCCAGCCAUGGUAUAUCGUCGAUUUGACUGGUCACGUUUGUGCCAAGCCACGAUUAUAGCGUAGAAAUAAGUAAUGUAUUUUUAUUUCGUUGCCUGCGUCUAUUAAUCCGACUUUUUAUGUUCGUAAACCAAGGAUAACUCUUCCUACUUCCUGCCUCUUAGAAGUAGGGCUUGUAUAAAUGUGUUUUUUCUUAUAAUAGUUCAAUCGUGUUGAAACUUUUGUAAACAAAGCAAUGGCCACGCCUACUCCAAGCACAUCAGCUAUUGCUAGACCGUGUAGGUAGUCAAGUUUACAACAAAAGAACUUUUAUUGCUAAUUAUUGAUGCUGAAACAUCAGAAAAUAAUGAUGAAUCAUUUGAAUCUGAUUCCAGCAAUAAUUUUCAGCUUUUCGAUGGGUUGGUAAAUGACAAAUGGAAAUAGUAAUAGAAUGGCAAUAGUAAUAGUGGUGACUGUCAGCACUUUCAUAAAAAUUUCAAAACAUUUUAAAAAAUAUAAAGAUACCACGGAUGUAUAGAGCCUAGAGAAUGGAUUUAAAAAAACACCCAGAUAAACUUUCUAGCUCAAGUGGUUCAAAAGUUAUGAAUUUUUUCAAAACCACUUUGUUACUAUGGCAACAGUGAGUUUUCAGAUAAUACUACUCCAGACGUUACAAAAAUGGGUAUAACUCUGUCUUUAAAUGGAAUAUUUUCAAAAUGUAAAAUCCAUUCUGAUCAAAGAUGGAUAUACUUUCUGAGGAUUGAAGUAGAAUAGAAUACCAGCUAUACAGACCAAAUGGUAGUCUCGUAAGUUCAGAUUUGGUGCACAUUAAAAAAAAAAAAUUUAAUCUCAUAAUAUUACCAGAAAAAUUUAAACUAUUGUUGUCAUAUUGUUUUAUCUGUUGCAUAUUAUUGUUCUCUGUCUAGUUUCCUUUAAUUUUGAUAUGAAAUACAGCUAUCUUGCUAAAGAAAUGUAUUCAAAAUUAAUUAAUAGAUAAGUGCACUCAAAAAAAAUUUCCAUUAGCCGAAAACUGGUCUGGCAGGAACGUGGAAAACCCCCCUGGCAUGGAAAGAGUGAGCUCUCAUUUGAUUUAAAAGUAGUGUUUUAUGAUUUAUGUAUGGUGUGAAAAAUUGUACUUUUCAUUUGCCACAACUGUGGCUAAAUUGGGAAAAGGUUGCCCAUCUUGGUCUAGGAACGAUUACUCAAUAAUGAUCCAUUUCACAACAAUUGGCGCCAAGUAAAUUAAUACUCAACUUAAUGUGGAAAGAAGUGUUGAGGCAGGCCAAAGCCCUACAUGGGCUGUAGCGCCACAGGGAUGGAUUAAUGUUCUCAUCUAAUCAGCAAAUCCACCUUAGCACAGCAGACAGGAAAGACAUCCAUGAACAACCUAACGCAGCGCAAAAAUCAAACAUUUUAAAACAUUUUACAAAUUUGUAUAGUAUAUUUAAGGGAAAAUACCAACGUGGAUCUCCCGAUCCAGGCAUGGCCAGACCUGUUUACUCUUACGAUUUUGGCGUAAAAUGUAUGAUUUUGAAGUGUAUAGAUUGUAUAUAAUGUAUGUUUUUUUUACUAUGAAUAUAACGUAUUAAAUGACUUUGUGAUGAUAUUGUACGAUUUUAAGAGUUUGAGGGUAAACAGGUCUGGGCAUGGCCCAUGGCACUAACUACAUUUCUUCCACCCUACACAAUCUGAGGAGCAAAUCUAAAACAAUUUCACUAAUUGUCCAUAAUAACUGACAUCUCACCACUAAUGCCACGCCACAUUCAACUACUGCAAUAAGCAUUUGAUAAUGUGUUUUUUAAAAAUUAAUCCAGCUUUGGAGUGUUGGAGACGGCCUUCACUCUAUCACUCUGAUUGCAGUGCUGCGAGGACACAAGCGAGGAAUUUGGUGUGUCAAGUUUUCACCAGUUGACCAGGUUUGUCAUAUUAUUAGUUCAGUAAGAGAUUUCUUCCCUUGAUUUUUUACUUGGAGGAAUGUUUCCCAUUUGUACUAUGCAAUUUUAAACCACGAACUGUGGCACAGAAUCAUUCUGUUGUGUAGGAGAUUUUCAGAGCUUUUUCUGUGCCUUUUGAAAUAGCAUUAAAUGACAUAUAAAUAUUGAUACAAGACCCCAAUAAGUAUAUAUUUUGGAAAGGUAAUUGGAUGUGGAUAAAGUUGGCUAUAUUGCCCAUCCCGUAAAAAACAUUUGUUCAGUGUCCUUGCCUUUGGAGUGCUCAAGAAAGAAAGAAAUCGACAAAAUGUCUUGCUUUAAAUUGCUCAUUACAUCAUUAAUUUUUAUAGAUUCCAUUAAAAUACUUGUGUAAAUGUGGUAGCUAAUUUAUUUAUCUCUCAGAAAAUGUAUAGUUUGUUAAGGUUUUUUAUACAAUUAAGCCUCGGAAAGCAAUUUUAAUAAUUUUAGGUCAUUUAUUACAGAAAAAAAUAAUAAACUGGGACCACAGCUAAAACUUAAACCAAGUACAACAUAUACAAUCUCAGGCAAAAAAGUUAUUAUUGACAAGUAAACAUUUAAAAAGGAACUGUGGAACUGAUUUGGGUUGUACAACUAUAAAAUUUCUUAGUUCUGAUCUAUAAUCUGUAGCUUCUGUGACUAAAAUUCAGUCAGUCCUUGCCCAACCUCCGGGCCUGGCUCGAAGUCUAACAGUAGGCCUACUUUAGUAUCACUAGGUCUAGUAUCAGUUUCACUAUAAGAAGAAUGAGACCUGAGAUCGUCAUUGGGAAUGUUAAAAUCAUCAUCAGUAUCACUUAAAUCCUCUCUAAAAAGCUUUCAAAAUUAUUUCUUUUACUUUUAACCGAAGGCCCAGCCAUAGCCUCAUCCAUUUCAGCUAUAAAAGCAAACUGGGUCAAUGAACAGAGAAGUAAAACUCUGUUUAAAAAGUACUUAUUGUUAAGUUAUCAACAAACAGCUUGACCCGGAAGAUGAUUUAGUUAUUAAUAAAAGGAAAUGGCCAAAUUCUGGUAAAAUAUUGUAUUGGAAGUUGCUAUCUGACCAUGUUUUUUAUCGGCCGAUCACAGUUCGUGGGUUAAAUCUAUGUAAAACAACAACCUGUGUAGACUGAAGCUGUUUGUUUUAUUAUUUAAUAUGAUUGCUUAUAAAGUAGAUUUUAUUGCAUUAGAUAAAAAAAUAUGUUCCCAGAUAGUGGCCACAGGCUCUGGUGAUGGUUAUAUCAAGUUAUGGAGUGUCACAGACUACUCCUGUGUUAGGGUAAGUCUCUGAACUAGGAUAAUUUUAAUCUACUUGCACAUUGUCCAUUUGCCAGCUGAGGAAAUAUGCAGACCAAAUCAUUUAGCUGUUCAAGGGAGAUUAGUAUAAAGAGAGGGGGCAGAUGUCUUCUCCUUCUAUAAGGUUUGACCUUUUAUGUGGAAUCACCCAGAAUGUAUAAUGACACAUGACAAGAGCUUAGAUAUUUCCUGUGUGGAAUCUUCCAUAUAUAUUUAUUUAUAAAGUUGUGACUGUUUUAAACGUUGUAUCCUCAUUAAUUUCUCUUCAUUUGCAUUAUUAUUUUCAAAUUCUUCUCAGUCAUUUUACUCUCUGUAAUUUGUCUCUGUUCUUGUAUUCUCGGUCAUCCAUUAUUCAGAUAUUCUCCGUCGUUGUUUAUUAUUAGAGUAUGGUACUUAAUAAUUUCAUUUAGUUUAUUCAUCAUUGGAAUGAGAAACUGGUGAAUAUAUUAAUUGUGCAUGUCAUUUAGAGGAACCAUUGUUAAUCUUUCCUUACCAUCCUAAAAUUGAGUGAUUUCAUCUAAUCAUUUAUUACACCAAGGUUUCAUUAUAUAAUAUUUCUCAAUUUAAUUUAGUUAAUUUGUUAUUGUUGAUUGAUACCUUACUGUUAAUCUCUCAGUGCAUCCAAAAAAAAAAAACCAGUUCAUAAAAAUGUUCCAUUUAAUAGUCCACCCUUGGAAUGUACAUAAUGUGUAAAUUCUCUCCCCUGGACAUAGUAUAUGGAACCUAUCUAUACUAAAUUCAAGGGCUUGUAAUAAUACAUUUCAAAAUUGAUUUAGAAUUAAAUGAAAUAUGCAAUACUACAUCUAAAACAGCGCUCUGUCUGAGCUUGAUUGCUCAACUAAGUAAACAUUUCUGGAUGUCCUACUAACUAAUUGAUAGAGUUCCGAAAGGAAACGUUAAAAAAAUAUUUUACUUUUGGUUGAGAAAUGUAGCAUUAAAAAUUCAUUUCUUAUCUUUUCAGACUUUAGAAGGUCAUGACAGUUCUGUGCUUUCUUUUACGUUCAUAUCACAUGGCAAACAAAUCAUUUCUAGGUAAAUUUUUCCAUUCAACUAUUGCGUCUCCCCAUAUCAUUCGGUUUUAGCCUUAUUUUAAAAUAAAAUGAGUAAAACAAAGUAGGGUUAAACCUGAAAAAAUAAACGCAACAAAACAGCGAACGUGUCGGCAGAAAGCACACUUCUAUUGCUGCCCACAGACACUUUUUACCAGCUAAGUGCUAUUUCUUAUUUUUAUUUGUAAACCGUUUUUUUCUGUUGUUUUGUUCGCUGACGAAGGCUUUCUGCCGACACGUUCACUGUUUUGUUGCGUUUAUUUUUUCAGGUUUAACCCUACUCUGUUUUACUCAUUUUAUUUUGUGCUAACCUGAUUGCAGUCUCUCCCCUUAUUACCCCUAGCCUUAUUUGAAUUGGAUUGCAAUUUUUAAAAUACUGAUCUUUCAAAUAAUGUGACUGUAGUGAGAUGUUUCAUUUGUUGAAUGGUCAUUGUCCUUUGUGAGUCUCAAUCUUAAGACUGGUGUCUUUCAGUGGCUCCGAUGGCUUGUUAAAAUUAUGGCUAAUCAAAACCAGUGAGUGUAUGAAAACCUUUGAUAGUCAUGAUGCCAAGGUUUGGGCAGUGGCUACCACAGCUGCAGAGGAUUAUGUUAUUUCUGGUGGUGCAGACUCAACCCUUGUGUUUUGGAAGGUGAGCAAAUAUUUCAAACAAGUUUGCUUUUAGCAUAAUUUUACAGAUAUCUUCAUCAUUCACACAUAUGUUAGAACACAAUAUAUUAUUAAAAGAAGACAUUUUGUAACCUGCUAUUUAACCUAUGCAUUUGUUAGCUUAGAAGUAUGCUCACUUGAUUGUCAAAAAUGAUUUCCAGAAACAGAGCAAUAGCCUAAGCUAUUUAUGAAAAUAGGAUUCAAAUGAUAGAUUCAUGGUUAAAUUGAACCGAAUUGGAUAGCCUCAAAUACUUGGACUUGGUAAACAGAACGUUAAUGAAGUGCUUCUGUGAAUAAAUCUAUCAAAUACUUUACAAAACUUGCUAAGACAUGCAGUGUAAUAAAAGACUUUGGUCUUAUGAUGUUGGGUUUCUUGGGUAACAUUAUAUUGCAGUUGUCCUUGGCCCAUUAUUGUUAUUUUGUAUGCUCUAGUGAUUUAGUUUACAUAAGAAAUGUGUGCAGAUUUAUAUUUGAUAUCAAUAUUUCAGGAUGUAACUCAAGAAGAAGAGACAGAGAAACAAGAGAAGCACCAAAAACAAGUCUUACAGUAAGUAAAAGUGGUCUGGAAAAGUAAAUGAGAUUCAGAACACCAGCACAUGUCAUUUCAUCACCAAACAUUAAAAUUUUAUCUUACACACAUUUAUUCCCCCCCCCCCCCCCCAAUAUUAUUUUUUUUUUUAUAACAACUAAUACUGUUUUCAUUGUAUAUCUUCCAGAGAGCAGAUUUUAUCAAAUUUGAUAGCUGACAAAAAGUUUGUGAGAGCAAUGGGCCUGGCUAUCUCACUCAACAAACCUUACAGAGCAUUGAACAUUUUGAAAGGUUUCAGCACAUUUUUCUGUACAUUUUAUACGUAAUUAAACUAUUCUGAUUGUAACUUCUUUCAAUCUUGAAGGAAAUCAUGUUAACAGAUAAAUAAUCUGAAUCAAAUGUUUUAUAAAGUUUUAGCAUUUAAUUGUCAAAUGCCUUAAUUUUGUUUGAAGGAUUAUUGAGUCACUGCAGUAGAUGCAUUGAUAUCUUUUCUCUUCUUAUAGAGGUAAUUAAACAAGAAGAUGGAGAGAAGAAAUUGGAAAGGUUGAUAUGUAAACUAAGGAUGGACCAAAUUGGUAAAUAGCUUUUUUAAAAGUUUUUCAUUUCUUUAUAAGAAAUAUGUAAAUGGUCAUUCACAUAUUGUGUUGGCCAGUGGGGGGUGGGUGGGAGGGGGGGGUUGGUGUAGGAGAUAUUGCUAAAGGCUGCAUAUGGGUAGAGAGGUAUGUACAAUAUUUUUUUUAAGUACACAUAAGGUAUUGCAGUCGUAGAAUCUGAAACCAUUUAUGUCGUAAUAUCAAACUUUAAAAAUUCGUACACACAUUUUGUUCGCAGCUGGUGGAUCCACCCGAAGCUUAUGAUUCUAUAUAUUUUCCCCAUAGACUUUUUUUUUUAACAGUUUCCAGUAAAAAUGUAUUAUCAAAUGUUUACCUAAAUUUGUAUUACCAUAGUUUUGCAAUAAAUUUUUUACCUUAUGUUUGCUAUAGACUUUAUUACCAUAUUCUUGUCUAAUGCUGAUGACUGUAUGUUCUAAUGCUGAUGACUGUAUGGUUUCCUAAAAUUAUAUCACCACAUUAGAAUCUGUCCUGAAGUUUGCUGUGGAAUGGAACACCAACAGUAGAAAUUAUUACCCAGCCCAACAACUCCUGAACCUUAUUCUCAAGAACUUCCUACCUCAAGACUUGGUCGCAUUCUCCAGCAUACAGUCUCUAGUAGAGGGAUUCACAGUUUACACAGGUAAGGGUGUAAAUUAUCUUUAGCCAUGGUGUCAACAAUAUUCACAGUUAAGGGUGUAACUAGUCCAUAAACAAGGGAUUACAAUGUCUACACAGGUAAGGAUGCAAAAGUUAAUCCAUGAACAAGGGAUUCAGUCUACACAGGUAAGCAUGCAACAGAUCCAUUAACUAGAGAUUAACAGGCUACACAGGGAAGGUUACAACAAAUCCAUAAACAAGGUAUUGACAGUCUACGCAGGUAAGGCUGUAACUAAUCCAUAUCAUAAAAAAAGCAUCUCAUAUUUCAUUACUUAAAUGAAAACAACAACUUCAUGAAUAACUCUACAGUUUUAUGAGACUUAAACCAUUUUCAUUAAAAAGAAAUUGUUACUUUCGAGGUUUAAUGUCCAUAGUUUCAGUAUGUGCCUCUCUGUUAAUUCAUAUUGUUUUUUUUUUUUUUUCAGAACGCCACCUUCAAAGGUUAGACAAUUUGUUAAUGGAUUCCUACUUUGCAGAGUACUCUUAUGGCUGCAUGAAAACCUCAACAUGAUGAGGUAUGAUUAAUUCUUUCUUCCUCUCAUCAUUUUUAGUCAUCUACGUUACAAAUAAAAAAAACUCAUUGUUUUUUUUUUCAUCACAAACAUAAUCAUUUAUCAUUUUUGUUUUAAAUAUAAGAUUAGUGCGAUUGAUUACUUUAUCAUUGUUCCAAUGCCUACACUUACACUCCAUUGCCUACACUUACACUCCAUUACCUACACUUACACUCCAUUGCCUACAAUUACACUCCAUUGCCUACACUUACAUUACAAAUCAGGCAUUUUGUUUACAUAAGGUUAAAUUUUAUUAUUUUAAAAAGGGGGUUACUAAUUAAAAACUUAGUAGAUAGAUGUUAACCUCUAACCUUUUGCAAUAAGUAUUUACCGAAACUAAUUAAAAUAGUAUUUUUACUUUUAGAAAUAUUUUUAUUUCCUCAGGGUGGACCAGAUUACAGUUUCAAGUUUUGAGUUCAAAUUUUAAAAAAUCAUAGCCAUGUCAAUAAAUUUUAACAACCCUGAUUUCUUUGUUACUUGCUCUUAUUUUGAUAUCUUUUCAAAUACUAAGAAAAAAUAUUUUAAAAA